AUGCUGCUGCUUGUUCUGUUGGCCUUUUCCAUAUCGAGUUCAUUUUCUGACUCGGAUUCUGAACUCUCUGCUGAGACCUGCAGCGCUUGCUCUUGCAUGUCCAUCGAAAACGUCCUCUAUGUGAAUUGCGAAAAAAUAUCUGUGUACAGACCUACCCAGCUGCUACCCCCUGAGUCCAGCCUGUACCAUUUGAAUUUCCAGAACAACCUUUUAUACAUUCUUUACCCCAACUCUUUUAUAAAUUUCACACACGCAGUCUCUCUACAGCUGGGGAACAACAAACUGCAGAACAUUGAGGGAGGGGCCUUUGUGGGGCUCAGUGCAUUAAAACAGUUGCACUUAAACAACAAUGAAUUAAAAGAGCUCCGUGCUGACACUUUCCGCGGGAUUGAGAACUUGGAAUACCUCCAGGCUGACUACAAUUUAAUCAGGUUUAUUGAGAAGGGAGCCUUCAACAAAUUACAUAAGUUAAAGGUUCUAAUCCUGAAUGACAAUCUUGUACAGAGCCUUCCUGAGAAUAUUUUUCGCUUUGCUUCCCUUACUCACUUGGAUAUACGAGGGAACAGGAUACAGAAGCUCCCAUACAUUGGAGUUUUGGAGCAUAUUGGGAGGAUAGUGGAAUUGCAGCUAGAUGACAACCCAUGGAAUUGCACUUGUGAUUUGUUACCUUUGAAAGCCUGGUUGGAGAACAUGCCCUAUAAUAUUUUUAUUGGGGAGGCUAUAUGUGAAACCCCUAGUGACCUGUAUGGCCGACUCUUGAAGGAAACCAACAAACAAGAACUGUGUCCUCUGGGAAUUGGAAGUGACUUUGAUGUUCGGAUGCCCCCCUCACAGCCAGAGGGUGGACAAACAACAUCUAAUGCUGUGCCCACCACAAUAUCACCCUUAGCUACCAAAGCACCCAAAUCAACAAAUCCCUCUAAAAUCUAUGGGAAUGGGAUUGCCAUCGGCAUACCAGUCGUAAAUGGCAAAAUUGUGUCCUACCAAACGCCAGUCCCUCCCCUUUCUUGUCCACAGCCGUGUGACUGCAAAGCUCAGUCUGCUGACUUUGGCAUUACUGUUACAUGUCAGAAUAAGAAUAUUAACAGUAUAGCAGACCUCAUACCGAAGCCACGAAAUGCCAAAAAGCUGCAUCUCAGUGGUAAUUACAUUAGAGAUAUCAGCCAAGCUGACUUCCAGGGUUUUGAGGGAUUGGAUCUAUUACACUUGGGUAGUAAUCAGAUAGUAACUGUCCCAAGAGGGACAUUUGCAAAUUUGACAAACUUACGUAGGUUGUACCUAAAUGGCAAUCAGCUUGAGCAGCUUCAUCCUGACAUGUUUAUUGGACUUACUAACCUCCAGUAUUUAUACUUGGAAUACAAUGCCAUAAAGGAGGUUUUAGCUGGAACAUUUGACUACAUGCCAAACCUACAACUCUUAUAUUUGAACAAUAAUGUACUCAGGAGCCUUCCUGCUUACAUCUUUGCUAGAGUUUCCCUUGCUAGACUGAGUCUGAAGAAUAAUCACUUCAUGACUCUGCCUGUGAGUGGCGUUCUAGACCAGCUUAGAGCCCUUAUUCAAAUAGAUCUUGAGGGCAAUCCAUGGGAAUGUUCAUGUGAUCUGGUGGCUUUGAAACUGUGGCUGGAGAAACUUAAUCCAGCUGUUAUUGCAAAGGAGGUUAAAUGUGCAUCUCCUGUGCAGUUUUCCAAUAUAGAGCUGCGUGAACUAAAAAAUGAGAUCCUGUGUCCCAAGCUCAUAGCCAGACCACCUUUUAUUCUGACUAGUGCCACACCAGUUGUCACAUCAAUGUCUCCGGCUGGUGUUGGCAAGGCUCCUCCUGGAGGGCCAGUGCCCUUAUCUAUCAUGAUCCUCAGCAUCUUAGUAGUCCUGAUCCUCACUGUAUUUGUUGCAUUCUGCCUUCUGGUCUUUGUACUUAGACGCAACAAAAAGCCAGUAGGGAGACAAGAGGGCCUAGGGAACCAGGAAUGUGGUUCCAUGCAGCUUCAGCUGCGGAGGCACAACCAUAAAGCCAGCAAGAAAGACGACCUGGGUGGGGAAACUUUCAUCCCCCAGACCAUCGAGCACAUGAGCAAAAGCCACACCUGUGGGAUCAGGGACUCAGACGCUGGCUUCAAGUUCGCUGAUUCUCAGAGACAGAAAAUGAUCCUUCGCAACAGUGCUGACAAAGACAAGGACACACUACCCCUGGACCCAAGGAAGAGAUUGAGCACCAUUGAUGAACUGGAUGAGUUCCUGCCAGGCAGAGAAUCUAAUAUGUUCCUUCAUAACUACUUGGAGAACAAAAAAGAUUUCAAUAGUAUAGGGGUAAGUGGAUUUGAGAUUCGUUAUCCUGAGAAACCCCAGGACAAAAAAAUGAAAAAAUCAUUGAUAGGGGGAAACCAUGGUAAGAUAGUGGUUGAGCAGCGGAAAAGUGAGUAUUAUGAACUCAAAGCAAAACUUCAAGGGACCCCUGACUACCUUCAAGUACUAGAAGAACAGACAGCACUGAGUAAAAUGUAG